AUGACCACCGAGUGGACUGCCGGCUUCCUCUUCCGAGUGCUGCUACCAGCCUCCUUGCUCACAGGGGGCACCAGGCACUUCCUGCGCGCCGUGUGGUACACAAGCAGCUUCUUCCUCCUGCUGCAGGGGGCUCUGCAGGUCGCCUUUGAGGUUGGGCUGCCCCACGGUCCUCAGGACAGCAUCGAGGGCAGCAUGGAGGAGGCUGGGGGAGUGAUAAAAGACUGUGUCCUGAAAAUCACCUCCUUGGCCUCAGGCUUGAAAAUGAUCCUGGAGCCUUUAUUUUCCGCUUCAGGAAAGGUCUUGGUGGCACUCCUCCUGGGCUUGGCAGGCAUGGUGUCUCCUUCCAUCACCUCGGCUGUGUACUUCGGGGCCUUCCUGGGCCUGGGCUCCUGGUGGGCAUGCCGGUGGGCGCUGAGUGCCCUGGCCUUCAGCUCUCUGUGUGUCUUCAUGACCAUCUUCACUGCCGGCCACCUGGGGAGCCUCUACCUCUACCAGCUCCCUGUCUUCCAGGACCUCGUGCCACCAGAGGACAUCCAUGCCAGGCUGCUGGGCAUGAUUGGGGUCAUCCGGACCAAUCGCACGGAACCCUGGAAGCUCCACGUCCAUGCAGGCCUCGGCUGGCCGGAGGUGGUGAACCCGUCCAUCCUGCUGCUGACGUAUUACGCACUGGUCCUCCUGCUGAAGUUGCAGGCACCUCCUCCUGCCGUCACCUUGCCCCAGGGGAGCUGGCAGGAUCUUCCCCUUCUACGCUGCACGGAGCACCAGGAACAGGACUUGGGCCUCGACUCACCUGCUUUCUUUGUGCUGGAAAUGAGGGAGGAGACACUCUCAGGAUGCACUGCGACUGCCAUGCAGCCCAGGGACAGGAGCUCAGGACCAAGCAGCAUCACGGUGCUGGGCCAUCUGGCCUUGAGGCACAGCUAUGUCACCGCGUUGAUCACCAUGAUGGUGUGGAGCAUCACGCACAACAGCUGGCUGACCUUUGUCCUGCUGCUCUGGGCCUGUGUCAUCUGGAUGGCCCGAGACCGCCGCUCCCUGGCCCUGCUCAGCGCACCUGGCCUGGUCCUCUACGCCAACCUCCUGGUCCUCCUCAACUUCUACGCGGGGCUGCGCCUGUCCCAGGAGGAGCUGUUCCCCGGGGCCCCUGACUGGCUGCUUGCCGACCUGGACCUCAAGCCCUACCCCCAGCCGUGUCUUCACCUUGGCCUCAAAAGCCUCUAUGCAUCGGUAUUCUGGCUUCUGCUGCGGCAGCGGGUCCUGGAGAGGCAGGUCCUGGCGGAGGUGGUGGCCAAGGCUCCAAGCGGAAAAGCAGGGUCAGCACUUGCUCCUCCCAGCGCCACCAGCCUCCUGGUGGACGUGCUGGGCCCCUUCCUCCGGGGCCUCUUGGCGAAGUACUGGAUCUAUGUCUGUGGCUCCAUGUUCUUCGUCAUCAGCUUCGACGGCAAGGUGGUGGUGUACAAGAUCGUCUACAUCUUCCUCUUCCUCGCCUGGGUGGCCUUGUACCAGAUGAACUAUGCUGCCUGGAGGAGGCUGCUGAAACCCUUCUGGGUGGUGGUGGUCUCUUACUCCAUGGUGGUCCUCGGUGUACUCUACACGUACCAGUUUCAGACCACGACUGCCUUUUUCACCCGGACCCUGGGGCUGUCUGAAGAGGGCUUGCGGGAUGUGGGCCUGGAGCAGUUCAGCACGGUGGAGCUGUUUGCGAAGAUUCUGCGUCCUGCCGCCUUUCUGCUGGCAUGCACCCUGCAGCUUCAUUACUUUAAUGAGGGUUUUCUGAAGACCACCAGCCACCCUGUGAUCCCCGCUCCCCGCGAAGGCCCAUGUGACAGUCUAGGAGCCAACAAGGAGAAGGAAGCCACGUGGACCCGGGCUGACCAAGCAGGCUGUGGAGUGCCAGACGGGGGUGCAAGUGAUUGGGAUUCAGCAAUCGACAAGCUGGCCGCCGGUUUCCUGAAGCUUCUAGAAACGGUUAAGGGAACUCAGGCGUUGCUGUGGCAUCUUCUGGAAAUACACACCCUCAAGCUGGUGUCCUGCGCGGUCAUCUGGCUCACACUGCAGGAGCAUGGGUCCGUGUUUCUGGCACGAGCCAUCCCAGUGCAGGUGUGGCAAGAGAACAAGACACGGCUGCAGGGUGAGCUCCAGGGAGCCCUCCACCUCCAGUCCAUGGAUCUGGCCGAGUGGCUUGGCGCCUUGAGGAAGUGCCACAACAGGGUGCUGCCCUGUCUGCAGGGCCAGCUGAUCACCUUGGCCCUCAUGGCUUUGGAGCAGACGGUGAGACGGCAUCAGAAAUUCCACCGACUUCGGAAGCAGCUGCCCGAACCCCUCUUGGCGGUCCUUGCCGACGACAUCACCCGGGCACACCUGGACGAGGGGCUGCCCGGAGCGUGGCUGUAUUUCAUCAACUACGGGUUUUACAAGUUUGGCCUUGAGCUGAGUUUCGUGGCCGCUCUCCAUGUCAUUGGGCAGCGCAUGGAUUUCUACUCCCUCAUCCAUGUCAUCUGGUUGAUUUAUUUGCUGACUCUCCGGCGGAGGAAAGCGAUCGCCGAGGUCUGGCCCCGGUACUGUGGUUUUCUCGUCGGUCUUUUGAUCCUUCAGUAUUUUCUGUGCCUCGGGCUGCCUCCCGCGUUCUGCAAAGACGACUUCCUGCUCCUCCUGGUGGCCUCCCUGCAGUGGCAGGUGUUCGUGGAUGAGAACAAAGCCGUGGUGCGAAUACAGGCUGGGGACAACGUGGAGAUCAGCCGAGAGCUGUGGGCGGAAGACCUCGCCCAGCUCAGCCUCCUUCCCAACUUCAUUUUCUGCCGGUCCUACCUGGACCUGGCCAAGGUCGCCGUUUUCCGCUACAUCUUCUGGGUCGUGCUCUGCCUGGUUUUCCUCGCCGGGACAAGUCGGCUCAGCGUCCUGGGCGCUGGGUACCUGGUGGCCUUUGGUUACUUCAUGCACCGAGGAAGCCAUCUCCUCCUGCAGCCUGUGAAGUCGAUCCUCCAGCCCUGGGACCGCCUGGUGGCCUGCUCGGUGCUGGUGGUGGCCGGGAAGACUCUCCUGUCGCUCCAGCAGUCACAGCCAAUCGAGGGACCGGGGGAAUCAGGAUCCGAGCAGGGCCACCCGGUGCAUUUGAUUGCCCGGACAGGCUCUCAAAACUUCGAGGGAAGCGACUGGCCAGCUGUCCCUGAAGACGGGCCAUGCGAGGCCCCUGAGCAGGCAGCGGGGAUCCUUUGGGACGGCGUGUGCUUCACCUUUCUGCUGAUCCAGAGACGCAUCUUCCUGAGCUACUACCACCUGUUCGUGGUGGCCGACCGGAAGGCCGCGGCCGCCUCUGCACCCAGGGCGGCCAAGCUGCUCGGGCUGGGGCUCAGAGAGGCCAUGACGCGCUGUGAGGAAGAGGAGGGAAGGUCCCGACGGGUCGCCAUGGAGCGGAUGGAGAAAAUCAAAGCAAAACAAAACAAAAUUGCAGUUCUGCAGAGAGCCCGCGGGAGCCCGGGAGCCUUGACUGAUGUUAGCGAGAGCCGCCUGCCUGGGGAGGAAACGAAACAAGAGACCUUCAAACGAGGGUCUCGGGAGGGUAGUUACAGCCUCUUUGAGACAGACAGUGAGGAUGAAGAGGCCAUGGAGGAAGCCGAGCAAGAACGGAAAGACGGUGUCCCGAAGCCCCACACGGCCUUCCAGCUGGCUUACCACGCCUGGACUAAUAGCCCCAAGUCCGUGUUGAGGAUGAGGAGGCAGGACGAAGAGGAGGCCUGGGAGAGCCGCCCAGAAGGAGGUGAGCGGCUGGCAGCCCGCGAGGCCGAGGGUCAGGCUGAAGCAGGGCACACAGAUGAGCCUGACGGCAUGGCCCAGAGGCUCACGGCGCUGGCCCAGCUCCUCUGGGUGCUGGGGAAGGUGCUGCUGGAUGAUGUCACCGCGGCCCUGGGGACACUGAGCGGAGCGCACGCCGGCGUCGCAGCAGCGCUGCGGGUGGACCGCCACGCGUGGGCACACGGGGACGAGGAGCUGAUGCAGUCAGACAGGUUUUAUGGACAGCUGCCACGCCUGGUGAAACUGGCCUUCGCCGUCUACCAGCUGGCCGAGUCCCGGUCUGAGAUGCUGUGCUAUUUUGUGAUUGUUCUGAACCACACGCUCUCAGCUUCGAUCAUCUCCACGGUUCUCCCCAUCCUGUCGUUCCUGUGGGCCAUGCUUUCUGUCCCAAGACCUUCCAAACGCUUCUGGAUGGCGGCAAUCUACUACACAGAGGCGACCGUUCUAGUGAAAUACGUUGCGCAGUUUGGCGUCUUUCCCUGGACCACAAAGCGCUACGCUGGCAUCAAUGGGGAGAAGCCGUUCUCGCCGCCCAACCUCAUCGGGGUCGAGAGGAAGGACAGCUUUGCCCUGUGGGACCUGCUGCAGCUGUGUGUGCUGUUCUUCCACCGCGCCACCCUGAAGGCACGGCGCCCCGAGACCGGGACCACCCAGCCAGGGGUGGGGACCCUCGAGGUUUAUCACCCUAUCCGUCAGUUCUUCUACAGCCUCACCCACCCCGAGGCCAGCCCGGUGUGUGAUGCGUAUGCCCUCACGUUCCUGGUAGAGGUGCUCAACUCCGCCAUUGUCCUCUUUGGGUACUGGGCCUUUGGGAAGUACGCGGCUGCCGACCUGGCGGAGUCCCUGGCCGAGGACCAGGUGCCCCAGGCCUUCCUGGUGAUGGCACUCACCCAGUUCGGCACGAUGGUGGUGGAUCGCGCCCUCUACCUGCGCAAGAGCUUGUACGGGAAGUGUGUGUUCCAGUUGGUUCUGGUCCUGGGCACCCAUUUCUGGCUCUUCUUCAUCCUGCCCAGAGUCACCGAGAGGAGGUUCAACCUCAACUGCGUGGCUCAGAUCUGGUACCUGGUGAAGUGCGUCUACUUCGGCCUGUCCGCCUACCAGAUCAAGUGCGGCUACCCCAGCCACAUCCUCGGCAACUUCCUCACCAGGAACUUCAACUUGCUCAACUUUGUCCUCUUCAAAGGGUUCCGCUCGGUGCCCUUCCUCCUGGAGCUUCGGGCUGUCAUCGACUGGGUGUGGACCGACACGGCUCUCAGCCUGUCCAACUGGAUCUGCCUGGAGGACCUCUACGCGGACAUCUUCAUCCUGAAGUGCUGGCGGGAGUCCGAGAAGAAAUACCCCGAGCCACCCGGGCAGAAGAAGAAGGAGGUGGUGAAGUACGGCGUGGGGGGCGUCAUCAUGUUUACUCUGGUUUCCCUCAUGUGGUUCCCCCUGGUCUUCAUGUCCCUGCUGAAGACGGUGGGCGGCGUGACCAACCAGCCCCUGGACGUGUCUGUCAAGAUCGCCAUCAAUGGCUAUGAGCCCCUGUUCUCCAUGAGUUCUCAGCAGCAGAACCUGGUCCCUUUCUCGGACACAGCUUAUGACCAGCUGACCCAUCAAUACGCUCUCCACCCGCCAGCCAUGCAGUUCCUGGUGAACUACAGACCCGAGGACAUCACUCUCACCAAGAUCAAAAGUCAUGCCAGCCUGCUGUGGGGCAUCAGCCCAGCCAACCGGGCAGCUAUGGUCCAGGAACUCUCUAACGCCACCUCUCUAUACAUCACCGUCUUCUGGACCAUUCAGAGGAAUGUGUCUCUGGUGAGGAACGUGGAAGCUUCUGGCAAACACACAGUGUGCUACGCAGACCAGGAAACUCAGGGCCAGCUGCUCCAGAUGCUCGCCCACGCCAGGAAGGAACCCGUAAUGCUCCCCGGUCUGAUCCCCAAAGCCCUCCGGACCACAGCGGGGACUGAGGCGAAAAUGGCCCUCCGAUUGGACGUGGCCCACUCCCCGAGGCCGCAGGACAUAGACCGUCUGGCCUUCUUCCGCAAUGCUACCAUCCGGCUGCAGCAGCUUUGGCCCACCGGUUCCCCCGAGGCCAGCCCGGCAGCCGAGUGGUGGGUGGUCCAGGAGUGGAGACCCAACUGUGACCAGAACUGGGGCUGCAGCCAGGACCUGGAGGUCCUGGUGUUCAACGACAAAGUGAGCCCCCAGAGCCUGGGCUUCCUCGCAGGAUAUGGCAUCGUGGGGCUGUACGUGUCGGUGGUGAUGGUGGCCGCCAAGUUCAUCCGCGAGCACUUCCACGGCAUCUCGCGCUCCAUCAUGUUCGACGAGCUGCCCUCGGUGGACCGGGUGCUGGCGCUGUGCACGGACAUCUUCCUGGCGCGCGAGCAGGGCGCCCUGGAGCUGGAGCAGCGCCUCUUCCACAAGCUCCUGUUCCUCUACCGCUCGCCCGAGACCAUGAUCAAGUGGACCCGCCGGCAGGACACUGCUGAACCUGCCGCCAGGGCCCCAGCCAGCCUGGGGGACGCUGCCUAG